AACACGCUGUAUUUUACUACACUUUUAUUGCAAAAUACAAAAGUGUUACUUUUAAUGUUAAUAUAACUUCAAAGUAUUUGAUUAUCUUCAUUCCCAACGUUAUAUAUUUCUUACGUCCAAAAAGAGACCAAGGUCCAUCCAGAUCCAGAUACCAAGGCUGCACAAAGGUUUUAUCUUGAUCUAGUAAUUAAUGUUAAUAUAUUCAGGUCUCUGUUAUGAAUGACUUUAAAAAGAAUGGCGGGAGUCUGUGUGAUUCACAAUCGCAGCACGCAUGCGCGUCACCGGCCGCUGUUUACGGCGCGGAUUUAAAAAAAAAACUCAAAUAUAAAACCUCCUUUCAAUUAAAUAUUUAAAUUAUAGUGUUAAAACAAAAGCAUGAUUUAAAUUAUUAUCAGUGUGUUGAAGUGUAAAUAUGUAGUUUAUUUGUUAAAUUUAAUUGCCUAAUUAAUUGUUUCCUGUGAUGGAGUAUUUUAAGUGCAGUUGUAAUGGAAGUAGAACGACUAUUAAAAUUAUAUAUGCGAGUCUGAUAAUUGCUGUCUGUGCGACAUCUAUUUCAAGUAAUCCAGAUCCUACAUUGACAUACGACCAAAUAUAUAACACAACGACUUACGCCCAAAUACCGCGUUAUAUACAAACAGACAGAUACAAUGGUGGCAGUACUAGUUAUAACAAUAGUCGUCUAAAUGAUACCAAAGAAAAUUUAUUUAAGUUUCAAGACAGAUAUGAGAUAAGUAGCAAGAGAGACCUUCUCGUUGGAUUCGCACACGAUCCAUUCAGAUACUCAAUACCAGAAGCUGAUUACGCUAAAGGAGUAAGAGUAGUGAACCCCCAGAGGGUAAACAGUGACCGAGGUAAGCGUGGUGUGGUUCAUCUGUACAAUAUGUUAACCUGUGCCACGGGCUGCGAUCCUGUAUCGUACAAGGGUUACGGCUGCUAUUGUGGAUUCCUUGGGUCCGGGCGACCCACCGAUGGAAUCGAUAAUUGCUGUAGACUGCAUGACGAAUGUUACGAGAAUAUCUACUGUCCAUUCUACACGGUCUAUUUCCAGCCGUACUACUGGAAAUGCUAUCAUGGAGAGCCGCUCUGUGCUCUGGAGAACUUCCAGACCCACCCUGAGGCUGUGAACGGCUGUGCCGGCAGGCUGUGCGAAUGUGACAGACGUUUUGCUAUGUGCGUUAAGAAAUAUUCUUGUCCGCGAGGCCGAGCGCUAUGUAAAUCCUCGCCUCUGAGGCUCAUACAAAAUAUUCUUAUGUUCAAAUAAAAUGCAAAAGUCUUAUAAUCCAAUAAAGUGUCAUCAUUCAAUCACUUAUUCAUAGUAUUAUGUUGAGAAUAUUUUUUUAUUGACCACUAUUUUAUUUAUUGAUUGCUGGUCCAUGAGAUGAGAGUAUCAAAUUGCUCCGCAUUGUUAUUCUAUCUAUAUAUAUAUAAAAAUAUAGAAAAAUGGAUUUUGCAUAAAACUAACAUAUUCCAAAUAUAUUAAUGUCACAUAUGUUGUGUAAGAUUUACGAGUUUCAUUUAAAUGCAACUAUGUUUUUCGGACACUACGCGUUUUCUAUCAUUUAAUAUCUAUGUGUCAGUGACACUUUCAUCUCGCCUCAUAGAGAUCACGGCUGCUGCAAAGGAACCGAAACGUCUGGAUUACGUAUAUAAAAUAAUAAUAAAAAAAAUGGCUAGUAUCCGAAAAUAAUUCAUUUAAAUGAAUGUCAAUAUUUGAUCGUUAGAUUUAUAUCUCGACAUAUGAGAAAAUUAAUUUUAUUUAAAAUAAAAAAAUAUAUAUAUAUUUCAUUUCUUAUGAUAUAUUCUGUUGAUUAUAAUAAUCGAAUUACGGGUAGUUUUUUUAAGUUUCUCUAUUUAUUUUAUUAAAAAUAUAUAUAUAUUAUUCUUUAUAUAAUAACAAACAAAGUUGAAAUUAACGUGUAACGUUUAUAAUUCAUUGCUAAUAUUCAAUAUAUUUUAUUACUCUUAUAGAUAAUC